AUGUGGCGAUACUUUUCAAUAUGAGGAGCUUUCCAAGACUUCAAUGCAUUCCAUGGGAUCCGAAUAUAUGAAUGCUUAGGUCUUAGACUUACUAUUUGGCAAUGGCAAGCGGUGGAUUCGGUGGAAUGACUCGAAUGGUUUGGGAGCAGAGGUUUGUUGGGCCCUGUCCGAGGUUAGGAGUUACAGUCUGUUGAUAAGCUUCCCCAAGUUCUUCAAAGUUUACAGAUCGAUUGGCAGGGGAUGGCUCAGAUUAGGUGGAGUAAUUUAUCAAAAGGUCAAAAGGGAAAGCCUUCCAUUCCAAUUUUACUAGGGAGCAUCAGCAUUUUCCCUUGAAAGAUCAUACAGAAUGCAGCAAACAACGAGAGUCUCCUCAAGGAGGGUAUUGUCUUCUGUGGCAACUUUGUUAGGCAAUGCUUUGUUUCCUUGUAAUGUCCCAAGAAAGUCUUUCACUACCUACUCACUGCAAGAACUCCAGAAAUCACGAAAGCAUUCUGUUCCUGGUGAUUUAGUUACAUGGGGUUCGCUCGGUUUCUGUAGAACAUCGAGAUUUGCUGCCGGUUUCACGCCGUUGCAACAUAAGCCACUGAAUUCGAUUAUCGACCUUGAGAGGACGAAGGAUCGACCAGUUGAGGACCUCAUUGCCAUUUGGGAUGAUUAUCACUUGGGAAGAGGUCACAUUGGCACUUCCAUGAAAGCGAAAUUGUAUCAUCUGCUGGAGCAACGAGCGGCAAAUUGCCGGUACUUUGUCAUUCCUUUGUGGAGAGGAAGUGGUUAUACAACAAUGUUUGCUCAAGUGCAGAUGCCACACAUACUUUUCACUGGUCUUGAAGAUUACAAAGCAAGAGGGACCCAAGCUGCUCCCUAUUUCACUGUUUCUUACUACACAGAAUUUGCAGAAAAGGACUUGGUGCUUAUUCGGGGGGAUGUCGUGUUCACAAGCAAGAUCAGUGACUCGGAGGCAAAAUGGCUUUCGGAGACCCUGCAAUCUUUCUACUUGAAUGAUAACAGGUACAAACUGGUUGAGCGGUUCAACAGAGAGACUCGGGACUUUGAGUUCAAGGAUGUUUUAAAAGCACUUGAUAUGCCCAUCUUGUAGAUUUUCCCGAGUGAAUAAACUUCUGGCCGUAUCUCAGUUAAGUAGAAUUACGAAGCACUAAUACUCCAAUACAAGAGUGAAGAUUGAUUUUUUUCAUUCUAUGGGAUUUAUGUGCUGCCUUCGUGGGAGCGAAUUGAAGGUACUUGUCUCCUUUUUUCUUGUUUUCCUGAGAGCAAGGUUGUGUUUUUCUGCUUGGUUUUAUUUCUUGCAAUUUCGAAAAAGCUGAUUGUAUGGCUACAGUUCCUUACUACUUAUGAGAAUAGUGGAAUCUCCGUGGGGAGAAGUGAAAUGGAAUUUUUGUCGUUUAGAGCCUAA